AUGUCAUCUCAUCUAGCACCUACACCCCAACAACCACUAAACAAAUAUAUCCCUCAAUCGCCUCAACCCGACUCACCACCUCAGACACCCUCACCGAUAUCACCUGGUAAAUCAACUCUGGAAGUUGCGCUAGGAAAGGAGAUGGAAGGCGAUCAACCCAUAACUAGUACACCAGAAGGAUACUCUUAUACCAACUCGAACAACACGAACACGAACACGGGAGUAGGAAUCGGUAUCAACUUCCCACCUGAAUCUAACCCUUUACCAAAAGAAUUGCAUUCACCAACCCUUAACAGUAACAACAACUUGUACAGCAUGGCCGCACCGCCUGUCAUGCAGAGACGCAAAUCCAGUGAAGGUGGAUCAGCCUCGUCUGUCCCGUUCCCACCAUCUCAGGAAGGUUCAUCUUCAGCUGGGAUGGCACACUCUCUAUCAGCCGGAUCAACUUCAUCUACCACUGCUCCAAUUCAUCAACAACCCCAAUUCCCACAGCAGAACCUCUCACCGUUCCCCAGCUCAGUCAGUAAUCAAUUCAACACUCCUCCCAGACCACGUACCGUCUCUCCCCGACAUAAUCUGACAAGCAACGGAACGGCCACAGCGACAUUCGCAUCCUCCUCAUCGUUAGGUAAAGGGUUUAGCAACAAUAACGAACCUAGAGAAAGAGUCUUGUCUCCCCAUAAAUUAGAUCUUGGGUCCGGUACGGGAGCGGGAGUCGGAAUCGGGGAUCAACAGGAUGAAAAUCAUAAUCAUUUAGAUCCAAACAACCCAUACGAUCAAAAAAACAAUAAUGGCAGUAGCGGUAGUGGUAGCAACUGGGAAAAGGCCAAUUCAUCUUUCUCAUCAUUCGGCGGAGUGGGUAGUCAACCCUAUUUCCCACUGACAGGUAAAGAGAACCUGUUGGGUAACUCGCCAACGGUCCAACCGAAGAAAGUCCCAUUCACGGAUUCAGUCGGUUUUUGGUUAUCUCUCUAUUUCUGUUUCAAUUUGGGUUUGACGUUGUUCAACAAGUUUGUGUUGGUCAGCUUCCCAUUCCCAUAUACUCUUACUGGACUUCACGCAUUGUCAGGUUGUGCAGGUACUUAUAUAGCCUUGGAACAAGGAGCUUUUACACCAGCUCGUCUAACGCAGAAAGAAAACGUCAUCCUCGCUGCUUUCUCGGUACUUUACACGAUCAACAUCGCAGUCAGUAAUAUCAGUUUACAAUUGGUUUCUAUUCCGUUCCACCAAGUCGUUCGAGCAUCCACACCCCUGUUUACCAUUUUCAUAGCUGCCAUUUUCCUCCGAGCCAGAUUCAGCGCAUUGAAGCUGGUCUCUCUGUUACCUGUAGUGGCAGGUGUAGGAUUUGCUACAUAUGGCGACUAUGAUUUCACCGCUCUCGGAUUGAUCUUGACUUUGCUCGGUACUUUCCUCGCUGCGCUGAAGACGGUAGUCACCAAUCUGAUUCAGACGGGCGGUGGAGGCAGAUUAAAGCUUCACCCUCUCGAUCUGUUGAUGCGAAUGUCACCACUCGCUUUCAUCCAAUGUGUGAUAUACGGAUGGUACACUGGUGAACUCGAAAGAGUCAGAAGAUACGGUGCGACUCAAAUGACGAGAUCGAAAGCUAUCGCAUUACUGUUCAACGGUGUUUUUGCCUUUGGACUGAACAUUGUUUCAUUCACUGCUAAUAAGAAAGCGGGUGCUUUGACAAUGACUGUCUCUGCAAACUGCAAGCAAGUCUUGACUAUCGUAUUAGCAGUAAUGCUGUUCAACCUCCAUAUCUCACCUACAAACGGAAUUGGAAUUUUGCUUACUCUUGUUGGUGGUGGCUGGUACGGUUACGUCGAGUAUAUGGAAAAGAAGAAGAAGACCAAAGUUUUAGAAAGGGCUUAA